CUCGCGAGCACCCAGGUGAAGAUUGUCCCUUCUCCCUUCCCGUCGUACAGCCCAACGGGCGCCGGAGGCAUGAGGUGGUUGCGGGGCGCCCUCGCGCUGCUGCUGCCUCUCGUGGCGCUGCCCUCGGCUGCUGCCGCCUGCCCCUGCAGCGACCCCGACCUCUGCCGCCCCAUCCAGGGCGCCCGGGACUUCGAGGUCUUCGUGUUCGAUGUCGGCGGCGGGACGUGGCGCUUCUACAACUGGACCCACAUCACAACGGUGGCGACUUUCGGAGACUACGACCCCGAGCUCAUGUGUUACGCUCAUGCCAAGGGGGCCAGGGUAGUGCUGAAAGGAGAUGUACCCGUUAAGAACAUGCUUGAGCCUGCUGCAAGAGAAUUAUGGAUAACUCAACAGGUAGAAUUGGCUAAAAAGCAGUAUAUGGAUGGAAUUAAUAUCGACAUAGAGCAAGCGGUUAGUAGGUCAUCACCCGAGUAUGAUGCGUUAACAGAUCUAGUGAAAGAAACUACAGAUGCUUUUCACAGUGCAAUUCCAGGAUCACAGGUAACAUUUGAUGUGGCUUGGUCUCCAGAAUGCAUUGACCAAAGAUGCUAUAACUACAUCGGCCUUGCAAAUGCUUGUGAUUUCGUGUUUGUGAUGUCGUAUGAUGAACAGAGUCAGACCUGGGGAGAAUGCAUUGCAAGACCCAAUGCUCCCUAUAAUAAGACCGUGAGUGGAUAUGAAGACUACAUUAAUAUGGGCAUUGAUCCUAAGAAGCUUGUGAUGGGUGUUCCCUGGUAUGGCUAUGACUAUACGUGUCUGAAUUUAUCUGAGGAUCACAUUUGUUCUAUUAAACCAGUUCCUUUCCAUGGGGCUCCAUGCAGUGAUGCUGCAGGGCGUCAGGUCCCAUAUAGAAUAAUAAUGGACCAAGUGACUAGUUCAAUUUCUGGGAGCCAAUGGGACGCAGAACAGGAAGCUCCUUAUUAUGAAUACAAGGAUGCUCUUGGUCAUUUUCACCAAGUAUGGUAUGAUGACCCCUGGAGCAUUUCCCUGAAAGCAGCCUAUGCACAGGAACGUGGUUUAAGAGGCAUUGGCAUGUGGAAUGGAGAUUGUCUUAACUACUCUAGAACUCCUGUAGCAGAACAGCAAACUGAAGCAAUGUGGCAAGCCUUGAUACCAUAGCAACUGCAUGAGAUGAUCAGCAUUUACUGCUUGGUUUAGAAUGAUUGAAAAAUGUAAUGGGAUAUUAAUUCUAAAAAGGAAUGAGUAUGUUGUUGUCUUAUAAGUAUCUGCUGGUUAUGAGCAAAACUUCUGAAAUGAUCAAAACUUCAUUUUAUUCAGUACUUUAGAAAAUAUUUUCUAUUGCAUUAAUUCAUUUUAAGAGAUUGGUUAGCUUUUCUAUUUUUUUCCCUCUCCUUUAAGACUAGUAUCUUAAAUUUCGUAUUAUGAAAAGUAUUUCUUACCCAGUUUAAAGUACAUUAUUCAUAAUAGCAGAUAUUCAUUUUAAAUGUUAAUUCUGACCUUCCUACUUGUGGUCACUGCACUGCUGUAGUAUCAUUGUAUUGCUGUAACACUUGUAUGCUGCUUUUAAAUAACAGAGGAAAAGGUGGUUAUUCUUGAAGCUUUUAGAGGUUUUUCUUCUUCCUCCUAGUUGUCUGUAAAUUGCACUAGUAACAGUAAGAAAUAUACAUUGCAUUUCCUAGCACUGUAUUUUUCUGUAUACUUUACACACCUUUUUCCAGUAUUUAGUUGCUGAAAAUUGGAGUGUGCAUCAUAAGCAAGGAAAUACAAUAAUGGUGUUUAGCUGAUAGCUAUAGCAGAGGGCAGUAAGUGGGGCACUAGUCCUGAGCACUAAUUUAGGGAGGUGCCAGACUGGCACCCCUCAGGGAGCUUUUUGCUGUGACUGUGUGGGUAGCCUGUGUCCUAAUGGAGCAACAGCUUACUCGCAGCAGUCUACACUGGGGGCAGAGCCCCGGCUGGGGCAGGCAAGACUCUGGCUUCACCCAGCUGUCACAUAAUAUUCUUCCCUUCCUCUGCCCAGAGCUUACUUCACCUCUUAUUCCCCUCUGCCUCUUUCACUUAGAUACUCCCAGCUGCUGUUGGACUCCUGCUGAGUAAGUAGCAGCAGUUAGAAGGUUAAAGGAGCACUGACAGACUAUUGCUUCCUGAUCCCCUUGAUGUUCCUUAUGGUUCACUUGAUUACAGUAGGGGCACAUGAGCGCCUGGGCUGUGAAACCUGCGAGCAUAUGCAAAUAAGAGUGGGACCAAAGUAGUUAUGUUCUGUCAGUGUCAGUGAAAAAUGUAAAGUACAAAGAGAAGCAGAAGAAAUUGGAAGGAGGUACAGCAGCAAGGAAGCAUGGAGGAAGGCAAAGGAGAAACUGCUUUUGAACGAUGGUGGUAGAUAAGCAUUUUAUGGCGCAGGAGCACAAUACCCAGAACUUGGAAGAAAAACUUUGGGAUAUGCGUGAGAGAGAUAGCAGUUUGGAUAUGCAGUGUCAAGAGGAAUAAAGUGUCAGAUAAAAGCAUAUAAAAUUGCAAGGAAAUUUUGGGUUAGGUCUUUAGGGUUGGCAGAGGCUUGAGACGUAUAUUUUUAUAGAAGAAAUGGAUUUUCAGUAAGCAGUCUCAUUGAUUUUUCCCAAUGCCUGCCUGAGAUAUAUAAGAAGUUGACAGCUCUUGAACAAUAUGUGAUCAGGCUCCGGAAGCAGCGUUCAUGCCUACAGUCACAAAAAGGAAAUGAGGAUGCCAUGUGAUACCACAGGAAAGGAGAGCGGAGCAAAAACAGUCCAUGGAAGAAUGGGCAGAUACAGAAAGCAGCAUUGCAUUGUGGUUGGUGAUGGAGUGAAGUUGCCAGCUGGUGUGCUUCUUAAAAGGAAAACCUUCCCUAAAGAGAAGUUGCCACAAAGGAUAAUUAUUCAGGCACAGAGAAAAGGAUAGAGAAGCCAGUCCAUCACUUACCUAAGUGUGUAUGGGAAUACCCACCUGGUGCUGUUUGUCAUUUAAGAGACAGGCUCAUAUUGGAUAGGUUUUUAGAGAUACCAUGCAGAGGGAAUCAAGAAACAGCUGAAAGAUAAAAACAUAGACUAAUACCAGGAAGCACAACGUACAUGCUCCAGCCAUUAGAUAUCAGGAAAUAAUUAUUUCAAAGCAAACAAGAAACAUCUAUAUACAGAAUGAAUAGCAAGUAAUAACCACAGUUUGACCAGAACAGGGAAUAGGGCAAACUACAUGAGUGGAACAAGCUUAUAUGAAAUUUCAUCACUUUAGAUCACAUUGUUAAAAAGUUUUUAAAAGUGCUGCAUUUCUAAUAGGCUGGAUGGUAGUAAGGACUGUGCUGUGGGGGACAACGUUGCAGAUUCUACAGGAGGCAGCAGUGAUAAAAAGUAAAGUUGAUUACUGAAGGAUUUGCUUCCUCAUUGUUUUAAUCCUCUUGUCAAUUUUUUUACUUUAUCAACUUUUAAUGUGAGACUGGUGUUUUGCUGUGUUGUAAAGUCAUGCCGCAACAUGGCACUGAGAGAUGUGAGGGUCUACACAAAUGAGUACAAUAAUUUUUUCCCCUCUGAUUUUUCUUGUUGCCAAAAAUCAAGUUUAAAGACUCUUCGAGUGUCCUAACUCCAUGUAUUUUUACACAAAACUCAGGAUGCAUUAAAAUUUCUUUUACUUUCUAACCUAAUGCUGUUUAUAAGAUAAAUUUUUGGAAUGAAAAAAUAAUCUCAGGUUAGUCUUCAUAUUUUCACAAAAUAAUUUAUUGUUGGAAAUGUAUAAUUAUAUUAAACUAUUUGCAGAUUGA